AUGUCUGGCAGCGUCAGAGCACGCAGGCCAGCAUCUCCGCCACCACGGUUUCCACAUGACAGUGUCUUGCCUUCUCACAAAUAUCCUCCUGUUUUACGACAAGAUAAUCUGAGCGCAGACGAACGGCGAGAGGCGGCUUCAAAGGGUUAUGCACCUGGUCGGAGAGGCCAAUAUACACUAGGAGGCCUAAGAAUAUCAUCUGGAGAAUGGAAGCUUUUGGCACUGAUACUCCUUGUUGCAUCGGGUGUUCGGCUCUUUCGUCUGUCAAAACCCAAUAGUGUAGUUUUUGAUGAGGUACACUUUGGGAAGUUUGCUGCGAGGUAUAUCAAAACACGCUAUUUUGUGGACGUGCAUCCGCCAUUAGCCAAGCUCUUGAUUACCGCGGCUGCUUUUAUCUUUGGGUUCGAUGGCGACUUUGGGUUUGAGGAGAUUGGAAAAAUUUACAAUCAUGUUCCAUAUGUCGCUAUGCGUAUGGUUCCGGCAACAUUGGGCAUCGCAACCGUACCUCUCUCCUACCUUACCCUUCGUGCACUCGAUUGUCGCGCUACGACUGCGCUCCUUGCGUCCCUCUUCAUCACGUUCGAAAAUGGUCUAAUAACGCAGUCCCGCCAUAUUCUCCUCGACUCUCCUCUCGUGUUUUUCACCGCUCUCACAACCUUCUUUUUCGUCGGCUUCACUAACGAAGAUAAGCAGGAACCAUUCACCGAAAGUUGGUGGACAUGGCUCGUCCUCACAGGUCUAUCACUCGGUGCAGUGGUGUCUUGUAAGUGGGUUGGGCUAUUCACCAUCGCUACUGUUGGUGUCUGUACAGUAUUUCAGUUGUGGAUGCUUCUCGGUGAUCUACGAGUAUCUGCGCGGUUAUGGAUGAAACACUUCUUUGCAAGGGCUCUCUGUCUCAUUGUGGUCCCACUUCUGUUUUACAUGGCUAUGUUCGAGAUCCACUUUUUGAUACUCGGGAGCUCUGGGGAGGGAGAUGGGUUUAUGAGCUCCGAGUUCCAACAGACUCUUGGUGGACGCGGCAUGAAGGAUACUUUUGCAGAUGUCGCGUUAGGAUCUGAAGUUGCUAUUCGUCAUUUGAACACUCAGGGUGGAUAUUUGCACUCACACCCUCAUAAUUAUCCCGGUGGAAGUGGACAACAACAAAUCACGCUUUAUCCUCACCGCGACGACAACAAUAUCUGGCGCAUUAUGAAUGCUACCGUUGACGACUAUCCACAAUACGAUUGGGAAAACUCUCCGCUCGAGUACAUCAAGCACAACUCGCGCAUCAAACUACGUCAUAUCUCCACCGAUAAAGGUCUACACUCUCAUGAAGUUCGUCCACCUGUAUCAGAUGUCGAUUUCCAGAAUGAGGUAUCUGGUUAUGGUGUGGCGGGAUAUGUGGGUGACCUGAAUGACGACUGGGUGAUUGAAAUAGAAAGCGGAGAUCGAAGUGACAAGGAGUCGAGCAAGCGAGUCAGGACACUGCGUACACACUUCAAGUUGAGGCAUCUCAUGACUGGUUGUUACCUUUUCUCGCACAAAGUCAAGCUGCCCGAGUGGGGCUUUGAGCAGCAAGAAGUUACAUGUAACAAGAACGCAGUGAAAGCGAACUCUCUGUGGUAUAUUGAGACAAACAUCCAUUCACAAUUACCUGCUGAUGCACCGAGGGUGAAUUAUAAACUACCUGGAUUUUUAUCCAAAUUCUUCGAGUUGCAACGGGUGAUGUGGACCACGAAUGCCGGACUGACGGAUCGUCAUCAAUAUGACUCUCGCCCCCACACAUGGCCUCGUCUUCGUCGUGGUAUCAAUUUUUGGGUGAAGGACCACCGUCAAAUAUACCUAAUCGGUAAUCCAUUUGUAUGGUGGUUGAGUACGGCUGCAGUAAUUGCAUAUAUUGUUGUACGAGGAUUCUUGAUUCUCCGCGCCAAGAGAGGCUACAGAGACUUUGAAAACACCAAAGUCGUCAAGUACGACUCCCUCUGUGGGUUUCUGUUCGUUGGGUGGUGUCUGCACUACUUCCCCUUUUUCUUGAUGGGUCGACAACUUUUUUUGCACCAUUAUUUCCCUGCGCUAUAUUUCGCAAUCCUCCUCAGCUGUGCCGUAUUCGAUCUGUUGACUUCCGCUCUGCGACCCCGAGUCCGACUACAGAUAGCUGCAGUCCUAGCUAUCGUGGCCAUAUUAAGUUUCUCGAAAUUCAGCCCGUUGACGUACGGUAACCCCUGGACAAAAUCAAAGUGUAACAGCGCCACAUGGCUAAAGACUUGGGAUUUCUCUUGGUAA